CCCAAACACGGAAGCAUCUCAAACGCCUGCGAAAGCAAAAGUCCCCACUCCCUCUGUUGUCUCAUAUUUGCAUUUUUAAAUGUUUUUACUCAUGUUAACAAUUACUUUAAAAACGCUAGGUUAGAUUUUGUGUUCAGUAUGCCAUUCUCGUUGUUUCACGUAGCUUUGCCAGUUUUCAUUGCGGUUUUAUCAGUUUUAGUCGCCGUUAUUGGACAUAACCUGGCGAUGCCGCCCCCUCUGCCUGCUGUCCUCGGUGUCUGCUCUCUGGCCGGGAUGGCGCUUAUAUGGAGGGACAUAAGCUCCAAAAUGAAGGGUAAAAACCGGACUUUAGGCAGCCUGCUCAGUCAGUAUCUGGCGGUGAAAGGUGUGGGCUGGCUGGGCAGACGGCAGAGACGUAAACUUGAAGCCGACACUCAGAAUGUGAAGCAGGUCCAGGAGGAGACCCUGCUGACGCGCCUGCGCAAAAAUGCAAACACAUGUUAUGGAAGACAGUACGACUUUAGCUCAAUUACAGACAGCAGUGUUUUCCGGACACGUCACCCCAUCACCACAUACGAUCAUUACCGUGAUCUCAUCAGUCGAAUCGCUGCAGGAGAGGAGAAGGUGAUCCUUGCUGAGAAGCCACUCAUCCUCGCCAUGACCUCUGGGACGUCAGGACCCAGCGCCAUGCUGCUCAGCACCAAGGACACAAACACGGAGUUCUUCCUGCAGGGAGUAGCUGUUUGCUUGGAGGCCAUGAGAACAGCGUUUCCUGCGACCGACAGCCUUCAGCGAACCACAAAGUUCUUCUACACUCCUACUUUUCGACAGUCUGAGGCCGGUAUCCCCAUUGGACCAAACUCCUCCACACCGGCCUCUUCUAAGCACAUGCUCAACCUCUACACCACUCCAGCUCCUGCCUUUGAGGUUCCCAGUGAGAAGGACACCCUCUACCUGCAUCUCCUGUUUGCACUCAAAGAUCGUAGUGUGGGAACACUCGAGUCCAACUUUGCCUCCACAGUUUUCUACGCUUUUAGUGCCUUACAGGAUCGCUGGCAGGAGCUCGUAGAUGACAUCGAACAGGGAAAAGUCAGCAACGCUCUGGCUCUGGAUCCCAAAGUGAGGUCCAGACUCGAGGCUCUGAUGAAGCCAGACCCUGACAGAGCUGCUCAGCUCCGGGCUUACUUCAAGGAUGGCUUCUGUGGGAUUGCUAAGCGUGUGUGGCCUCACCUUCACCUGGUCCUGGCAGUGGAUUCUGGCUCCAAUCAGAUCUACGGGGACAUGUUGAGAGAGAACUACUGCCAGGGAGUGCCUUUCUAUUCGCCUUUCUACGCUGCUACUGAAGGUCUGAUAGGAGUGAAUCUGUGGCCGCUGGAGCCAAACAGACGCUACUUGCUGUGCCCUCGUUCAAUGUUCUGUGAGUUCCUGCCAGAGAGCAGCCUUGAGGAGGAAACGCCGCCCACCCUGCUGAUGGAGGAGGUGAAGGAGGGGCAGAACUAUGAGCUGGUGGUCACAAAUGCUUCAGGACUCUUCAGAUAUCGCAUUGGAGAUAUCAUUAAAGUGGUCGGAUUUCACAACCAGUGUCCCGUUGUUGAGUUUCAGUACAGACGAGGUCAGAUGCUGAACGUUCGAGGGGAGAAAGUGUCAGAGGCGUUGUUUCUUGAUGCUCUGAAGAAAGCUGUGUCUCAGUGGCCGGGAGCUCAGCUGGUGGACUAUUGCUGCGCUGAGAGCGGCAUCAUGGGAGAUUCGAUCGGCGGCUCAGAUCCUCACUACCAGGUCUUUAUUGAGCUCAAAGGUGUGAGGAACCUCACUGAGGAGCAACGAUACAAGUUGGACAUCUGUCUCCAGCAGGACUCGGCUGUGUACAAGUCCUUUCGCAUCAAAGGAAGCAUUGGACCAAUGAGGGUGCAGCUAGUGGCUGAGGGCGCUUUCAAGGAACUUCGCAAACAAAUGAUGGCCUUCUCAAAAACGUCACCAAACACUUUCAAAAUGCACAGAGUGCUGCGGAGGAAAGAGUAUGCAGAUUUCCUCCUGGGAAAAACGGUGUCAUGAUAUCAGCAGAGAUCAGGUUUGCUGGCUCGGACUGUGGUGGUUUCUGACUGAAUAAAACUUCUGCAGUUUUAUCUAAGAAGCUCGGGUGUGAACAGUAAAAUCAUGCCUUUGGUAGCCGAUGAACACAACAUUUUUGACAGUUUCACAUAUUUCUCUAAACUGGCUUUAUUUAUGUUAUUAAACUACUAAACUGUUAA